AUGGCAGUCUCAGGAAUGAAAGCAUCAGAACAAUUUUCGUCAUUAACAACGUCAAUGGCAUCAGAUGAAGAUCUUCAAAUAUACUGCCAGCCUUGUGACGAGGAGGGAACUAGACUCCAUGCCUACGGUUACUGUACUGACUGCAAGGAGCACCUUUGUAAGACAUGCUUAUCAGCCCACAGAAUAAAUAAGCUUUCUAAACAUCAUGCACUUCUCGAUGCAACAAGUAUGCCUAAAGUUUUGCAGCAACCCUCAACAUUCAUUCAAACAGGCCUGUCGGAUGACUUGUCCUUGCUAUGUGGUAGCCAUCCAAAAGAAAUGAUCAAGUACUACUGCAAUGAUCAUACAGAAUUUCUUUGCAGUGUUUGUGUUACCCUUAAACAUCAACCUACUUCCUGCAAUGUCAACUAUAUACCUGACAUUUCUGGUGAUAAAAUAGACAGCAAAGAAUAUCACGUAAUCUUGAAUACCGUAAAUACCACUUAUGAUCAAUUUCAACAGCUAUUUAAAGAUGUCAAGAACAUGGUAUACAAAUCAAACAGCUCUCUUAAAAAUGCAUUAGUUAACAUUAAACAAUUCAGGCAAGAAAUAAACCAAAAACUAGAUGAACUUGAAAGACAGGCUGAAGAUGCAGCUAAAGUCAUAGAACAAGAUAACAACAAACAUAUAAAAGCAAUACAAACAACAUGUGAAGAAGUUACCAAAUCUCUGAAGACAUCAUCAGACACAAUCAAACAACUCAACACAACAAAACAAGCUGACAAACUCUUCAUUGAUUUAAAACUUGCAAUUAAUUUAAUCAAUGAUACAGAGAGGUCACUGGGUACAUUGACACAGAAAUCGUUUGAUACAGAAUGUCAAAUAAAGUGUAGACAAUCUUCACAUAAGGGAGAAAUCCGUGUAAAGACAUCACAAGAUGAAUUAAGAUGCUGUAUAACAGGAAUGACUCUGCUGACUCCUGACCUUCUUAUCAUCACUGACUACAAUAACAAUGCUGUAAAGAUGGUGGAUAUCAGCAGUCAAUAUGUGUCUGAUCAACUACAGCUAGAUGCUGGACCAUGGGAUAUCACAAGAUUAGCCAGUACUGAACUUGCUGUCACACUUCCUUUCACACAGACAAUACAGUUUAUAUCAAUCUCAUCAAACAAACUCAUAACAAAGCACACUAUGAAGGUUGAUGGGAAGUGUUAUGGUAUAAGCUGUUAUCAAAACAACUUUGUUGUGUCAUUUCUUAAUCCUACACAAUUUCAGAUCUUUGAUAUGAAUGGCACAAUACGAACAACAAUUGAUGAAAGAGAUUUUUUCAGUUCUCCAGAUUAUGUUAUAUGUAACAGAAGUUCUAUCUACAUAUCUGACUGUGACAUGAAGACAGUGACAAGUUUAAACUGGCAGGGCGAUGUGAUUGGUAGUUAUAGUGGUAUAAGUUGGCCUUCGGGAAUGUCCCUGUCUGAUGAUGGUACUGUUUUUGUGUGUGAAAAGAAGAGAAAUGUUAUAGAAGAAAUAUCAGGAGACUGUUCUACAGGACAGGUGGUGCUGCAAGAUCUGGAGAAAGCAAGGGCUGUAUGCUGGUGUGGAAAAACAAAGAAGCUCUAUUACAGCUGUGAUUUCGAAUAUGAAAAUUUUCUUCAGAUCUAUAAACUGGCAAUGUCUUAA